AUGUUCGGCCGUCGCAAGAGAAGCUCUUCCCAUCACCAGGUACCGCUACCUACGGCCUCUUCCCAAUCAGCGCAGUCCGCCGCCAGCCAUGCCUUCCUAAAGUCCCAACCAUCGACGAGCAGUCUCUCGUCCGCUGCCGCGGCCGCCGCGCUACGCAAUCGCACACCGACUCCAACCUCUGUCGGAAAUGUCGAGACAAAGCGGAUGGUUCAGCGGAGGGCCUCGAGCCAGGCGCAGGCCGAUCCCUUGGCCGGCCGCCGGUCAGCGAGUGUCAGCGGCACACUGCGUCGAACAAGUAGCUCCGGCUCGAUGACUGCAAGAAGUUUUCGCGACCCGUCCCCUCGACGCCCAUCCACGAGCUCAGGCCCCAUUAAUCACUCCCUGGUCAAUGCACCUCCGCUACCAUCCGUUCCUACGCAAUAUGCGAACGGGAAGCUCCAAAAUCGCCGCUCUAUGAGCAUGCAACCGCAGAUGCGAACACCUCCCGCUUCUCCGCCACGCGCAAUGGUACGAGGCGUGAGUGCGGACCGAGGUGGGCGAGAAGGGGGUGGAAGCUCCGUCAAUUUCUCACGACCCAUCUCUCCACCGGUCAUACCCGUUGUGCAUGAGAAACCACCCGUGAGUAGGAAUGCACCUUUGGGCCGUGCGGUACCUGCAUCUGCAGGUUUUGCUCAGCACUCGCUCUCUCAAGGCACGGAGAAAUCGUUGAACACAAAGUCUAGAGGCUAUGGUGCAGCGAAUGCGGAGGGAAACUACGUCAUCAAAUCAGUUGGCGCCUCGGCUGGCACCGCCGCAGCCGCAGCUAAGGCAGAUAGUAUUCAAAAGGAUAGCCCACGGGCGGAGACAACUCAUGCAAGGAGCGAACGGAAAGAUUCAGAGCCCCUUGAUACCAGCACACGGGAUCCACGCUCUGAUGACAAUGGGCCAAUUGCAGUUACUACCCCAGACAUUGAGGAGCAACCAUCGCGAACCUUUGAACGAUGGCCAUCGACGGUGUUGGAGGAGAAGGAGCCGGCAGAUGAAGUCAGUGCCCCUCGUGUUGAGGAGGCGCGAAACCGAUCUGCGACUGCAUCACCUACUGUUGACCAUGCUGAGACGGUGUCGACUCCUCAGCCGUCUCCGAAGGCGGACAAAGAAUCCACGCCGCAGCAAUCUGAACAUGCACGCCAGCAAAGCAGCCCCGGCCGAUCGGCUCAUUUCUCCAAAUGGCUUUCCGUUUCCGCCGCUGGUGAUCAGGUUCAUCAGCCUCCUCCUGAGAUCAGUGUCACCGGUGAAAUCGGCUCUGAAAAGCCAGCGUGGAAACUCCCUAUCUCCGGACAGGGGGGCUGGUCAUACUGGGCGGCCUAUGAUGGAUCUCGACCUGUUCCGAAGAAAAAGUCUGUUAGGGUCAGCUUUGAUGACGCGGCCGAGAUUGUCGGAGUCGCAGCUAGUCCUCCCACUUCCCCUGAAGAGUACGCGCCGGAUUCACCUGUGGGCAACUCCAAGGCUCACAAGAACUGGUUCGGUGUUGGCAAGAAGAAGCAGCCGUCGGACUAUGCCACAGGUGAUGACGACUUCGACGAAGUUUUGAAGCCUCGGCCGGUUCUGCCAUCAUUUGGUAGCGUUCGGAAGAAACGAGAUGGUACUCCGAUCCCUCCAAUUCCUCAUUUCAGCGACACUGAAUCUACCAGCACAUCUGGGGAUGAGGCUCCAGAUCGGGGCGUGGCAUUCUCUAACGACCAUGCUCUUGAAAGCAUGUUUUCUAAGGUCCAUCAUGCGGAGUUGUCGCAGGUUCAUAAUCUCAGUUCCGUGGAGCAAACAUCUGUCAGUGGCGAGCCUGUCUCUCCUCAGAAUCCAUCUUCGGAGAACAAAUCGAAUGGUACAAACUUGGGUGGGAUCACUGAAAACCCGCCAUUUACUGAAGCGGAGUCUGAGAUGGCGGUGCCCUCAAUUGCUGUCCAGCCAGCUACUCCCAUGCUCGAGAACGACCGGCCCAGCUUUGAUCAAUCGCGAUCAAACCGGUCAAGCCUCGAUCAAUACCAAAUUCCGGGUGGAUUCCCGCCCUCAAAGUCAGAUCGCGGCCUCAAGUCUGCAGCUGAAGGUGUCAAGCAGCCUAUGGCAAGCCCUAUCCCCAACUUGGACGAUGUUGAUACCGACGGUGAUUCGGGCGACAGCAUUUACAGUGAUGCGGAGGAAGACCUCGACGGAGAUGGCUUCGGGUCGAUCAAUGCCAUUGUCGACAGUCGAGCAAACUCUAGGUCAUCAGUCCCCUUAGACACGAUCAGCGAGAGCCGUGACAUUACUCCCAAGCCGACUACGAGGACUGCGGCGAUCGACAGUCAAUCGCAAGAUAUCACAGAGGCUCCGGAAGAACUUCGCUCCAUAACGCCCACGCAGCAAAUUGUGAACCGCCAGAUGAAAGAGUCUCCUACUGCCGCGGCGUUUCCAGAAUCUCCCUCUCCGCCUCCGCCAUCCAAGAGUCAAGCUGGAUCAUCCCGGGGCGGGGCCAUUCAAUCAGAAACAAGACAGAAACGGACUGUUUCUGUCGAUGCUCAUGGAAACCCUGGCAUACAGGAUCGCCGCUCACAGCCUGUCAAUGGUGCUGCUCAUGGCAAGACGCAGACCCGACCUGUGUCUCUUGGCCCAGCAUUUCAGAUGAAGAGCCCCGUGGCCGCCUUUCCGAAUUCCCUUCGCCGAACAGCCUCGAAUGGAAGCGAUUCCUCGAGCAGUUUCAAGCGCGUUAGUCCUUCACCCCGCAGUGAGGGCUUCCGCAGUAUGCGCCGGACAAUGAGAGCGGGGGCCGUCCCUGCUGGUCAAGCCCAGUCUCCAACUCUCCGGGCAGGCUCCCCUGAGGAUUACCGACCAAUGUCGUCCGGAUCUGGCACUGGAAAGAUGCGCAAGACCCUACGAAGCCCACCUGAUGGAGGCGAGCGAACUUCCUUCUUCUCCACAAAUAAGAAAGCGCCUCCUCGUGCAAAGUUUACCAAGCCCCCCUCCAAGUCGAGGAGUGCAACUCGGUUUGCCAAUUCGGACGACGAGGACGGACCCCACCCUCGGGUCUUCCGCAGCAGAUUUGCCGACUCCAGCGACGAAGAAAAAGGUGAUGGUAGCAAUCCUGUUAUGCGUCCCGUUCGUGGGAUUCCCCGCCGCCAGGGCGCUCAUGACGGCGACUCGACCGACCUUGAGGAUAGCUCUGAAGAAGACCGCCAUGCUCAGGCUCAGGCUCCCCGUCAGGGUCGAUUGGUGAUCCCGCCGCGUGGGGACGCACGGCCACCACGCUCUCGCGAUCACAAUGCACCGAACAUGUCCGGUAUGGCGGCCGUGGCUCGACAGCGCGGCAUGAGUCAGAGGGAGCUCGAGGCGUUCCUCAUGCAGCCUAAAGGAGGAAGCAAGCAAGGUUUCCUCACUCGUAUCGGUCUCAAGAAGCCUAAGAAUGAUCAUCGCGGUUACAAGGCCGAUGUGGAGAGUGCCUCUCGGAGAGAGACACCACUUGAGCGAUCACGCUUGGAGCGCGAGCAAUUGCGAGAACCUUACACCAGGGAAACCAGCUACACGGCCACAGUCGAAGCGGAGCCGCCGUCUUCACCAUCGGGAAAGCUACACAAGAAGAACAAGCGACACACCCUCGGUGGUGAUACCUGGCCGCUCCGUCCCCAAGACGAGCCGCCGGCAUCCACACCCGUUCCUGAGCAGGUCCAGAGCGCACCGUCAUCGCCACUGCGAACGGAGAAGCCGGCUCCAAUCAAUGGCGAGCCUCCAGCCACGGCAAGCAGACCUUUGCACGCCGAACCUGGGUUGAACGACGCCAACUCGGAAAUCACCCACCUCACCGACCCGGACCAGCCGCGCGCGACGUGGUGA